UGGUUCGUUAUUGGUACUCAGAUGCUUUGUAAAUACAGUCUCUGCUUUCUGUAGGUAUGCCCUAGAGGUCAAAGAACCGAUGACAACAAAAUCUGCCGGGAAUGUAUGGGAUCGCCGGACCGCUAUGACUGGCUGUACCUUGGCUUCAUGGCCAUGCUUCCCUUGGUUUUACACUGGUUCUUUAUUGAGUGGUAUUCAGGAAAAAAGAGUUCCAGCGCGUUGUUGCAGCAUGUCACUGCCUUGUUUGAGUGCAGCGUUGCAGCAAUUGUUACGCUGCUCGUCAGCGACCCUGUCGGCUCUCUGCAUAUCCGCUCCUGCAAGGUGAAGAAGCUUUCGGACUGGUAUACGAUGCUUUACAAUCCAAGUCCCGACUACAUCACCACAGUGCACUGCACUCACGAAGCAGUCUAUCCCCUGUACACCAUAGUGUUUAUAUAUUACGCCUUCUGUCUCGUGUUAAUGAUGCUACUUCGGCCUCUUCUGGUUAAGAAAAUUGCCUGUGGUUUAGGAAAGUCUGAUCGAUUUAAAAGCAUUUAUGCAGCACUGUACUUCUUCCCUGUCCUCACCGUGCUUCAGGCCGUCGGAGGAGGCCUGCUCUAUUAUGCCUUUCCUUACAUCAUACUGGUGUUGUCUUUGGUUACACUGGCUGUGUACAUGUCUGCUUCUGAAGUGGAGUCUUUCAAGGAUCUUCUUGUCAGGAAGAAAAGGCUUGUUGUCCUCUUCAGCCACUGGUUACUUCAUGCCUAUGGAAUCAUCUCCAUUUCCAAACUGGAUAAGCUUGAGCAGGACCUCCCGUUGCUUGCCUUGGUACCUGCACCUGCCCUCUUCUACAUACUGACAGCGAAGUACACCGAGCCAUCACGCAUACUCUCGGAAGGUGGAAAUGGACAUUAAAAGGAGCCUGUGCCAACGACGCUGUCCUAAUGAGCUGGAUUAAGCAAUUUUAGUGCUUGUUACGCUUUGGAAACUUCUGUUUUAAAAGAAGUUAGUUAUGUACAAGCCUUCUGGGUGAAACACCUCUGAGUGAGACUGUGUAAUAUUAAAAAGCUGCACUUUGUAUUCUUCACAAGUAUCUGGUAUAGAUCGAAGGGAAUGUCUUUGUACCUAUUUAUCACUGUGAAUCUGUAUGAAAAGCCGGUACAGCGGUUUGCUUGUAUAUGUUUAUUUCCUAAUACAGUGCUCUAGGUGGUGGUUGAAUAAAACAAUAGAGCCUGGUUUUCAGUAGACUUUCCAUAAAACAAAUAAGCUUGAAUAUAACAUGGAGCUUGGUUUUCUCAUCGCACACUCUAGCUUCUCUCCCCCACCAGUGGAAAUAGACUUUCAUCUUCCUUCCACCAAAAAAACCAGUAUGUUGAGCAGUUCCUUAUUUAUUCCUCACGAUGCUUUAGUCUGACUGCUAGGAAGGAAACGCCUUGUAACGUUCUCUAUGAAGUAUAGUUUAUGCUCUGUGUACUUCAUGUGUGGAGACCUCUUCCUGGAGAUAAUUAAACAGUAGUAGCCUUCCCACUAAAUUUGUUUUCUUAUCCCUUGACUAUAAUUUUCCACCUAAGAUAGGAUUCAAGAUUUUCUUUUCCUGACAGCCUACACCUUUUGUCAGCAAACCAUUUGCUGUGGGUAAGCCUGCAAAGCAUCACUUAUAUGGGUGAAGGCUUCUCCGCACCUUUCAGCACAGUCGCCUUCCCUUCCUCCCGUGAGAGUGCUCCGUGCCUGCUUCAUCCGUUUACCAGCGGUGCCAACAGCUCGCAUCUUGCUGUGCGGCCGUAGCCGUACCCAUACUACAGCAACAGCAGUGGUCAGACAGGACUUGAGUUUAGCAGCUGAGAAAGGAACAGCUCUUUAUGCGAUAUCACCACUGCAGUGACAGAAACGGCUGGAAUGACUGAAGUACAAAACCAGCACAGAUUUAAUAAAAAGAACUGGAGAUUCCUUAUCUCCUUAAAGAGAUACCGUUAUCUCUGCUCAACGUUCAUCAAAAUCUUUAUACUUUACGUGAACACCUUGAUAGGAAUUGCUAAAUCUUCUGAGGCUGUUCAGAAGUGAGCUUUUGGCCUUGCUGAAGCCAAAUACCCACUGACAGACUCCAGCCUUCCCUCUGUGUUGUACAGGAAGAUACCCAAAGUGUGUAUCCUGUAUGUUGGUCGCCAGUAACUUAGUGCUGUAGUAGAAGAAGGUGCAGAGCAGUGCUGAAGGUCUAAACGCGGAGGGAAGAGCAAUAGGAAGAUCUUCUCAACUUAAACUCUUCCCGCUGUAUGGAUCAUUGGCUGUAGCACUGCAAAUAACAGUGUACAUCUCUAUAUUUAA